GUGAGCGCACGCCUCGCGCCGGCCGGUCGGCAAUUUACGGGUGAGUCUCACCGGUGUCCACGCGACUUGAUCCAACAUUUUCAAAAAAAAAAAAAAUUUCGAGUCACUCGAAACCCGGGGAAAGGUCACUCUUGAAUCCUCACGCAAUGGAUUCUACUCGGAAUGUUUGAGUGACAGCGAUGAUUUGGUUUAUGGUUUUUGUGGCCAUGAAGAAGAGUGAAUUGUGGAUACUUUAUGAGAGAUAGAUAUUACUUUGGAGGGGCGCCAUUGGAGGAUAAUGACUGCAAUAAAAAUCUCGGCGCUGGAUGUGGCACACGAGAUUGCCCACGGUAGUUGAGGUGGAAGCCGAUAAUACGUAUGUCCGAAUGGACGUGGGGGAAUCGUCGAAUGCCGCUGGAUUGGCGAGGACUGGACCAGCGGUUUUCGGCGCUACUCCGAGUAUCGGGAGAUACGCCACUGACACCAAUGUGACUAGUUCAACUGCGAGUACUACCGCAAGUAUACACGGUAGCACUGGGUGGUGGACACCAACAUCAACUACUGUGACGAGCCCCACUAACACCGACGUGAUGAAUCAGUUAUGCAGAGUAUGCGGUGAACCAGCAGCAGGUUUCCAUUUCGGUGCGUUCACGUGUGAGGGUUGCAAGUCGUUCUUCGGACGGACGUACAACAAUCUCGGCAGCAUAUCAAGCUGCAAGAAUGGUGGCGUCUGCGUCAUCAACAAGAAGAAUCGGACUGCCUGCAAGGCGUGCAGGUUGCGGAAGUGCCUCAUGGUGGGAAUGUCGAAAUCCGGAUCGCGGUACGGAAGGAGAUCCAAUUGGUUUAAGAUCCACUGUCUCCUACAGGAGCAGUCCCACCAGGCGCAGCAGGCUCUCCUCAAGAGCCCCAACGACUCCAAUCCUGAUAAGGUUCUGAAUUCGUUGGACGCAGCUAACCACAAUGACAACAGCUCCAACUCCGCUGCGGUAUCUGGGCUGACUUCAGGGGUCGGCCAGGGCAGAUUGUCGAAAGAAGAAUCAUCUGAUGCUUCGUCAAGGCCUCCAAUAAGGUCCGACCUGCUGCCCCAUGGUCUCCUGAUGCCGGAUGCAACGAGGUUUCCAAUGUGGCGGCUACCACCCUUCUUCCAUCCCACACUCAAUCAUAUGCAGUUCCUCAGCACACCUUGCUUCCCUUUCCAACAGAGACUGGUCGUGCCCUACGUCAACCAAGUCGAACCCCAGAUAUCCGUCACCAGUUUGUCGAUUUCCUCGAGUGAAAGUCCUUCGCUGCGAUCAACACCAUCACCCAAAGCUGAUGUAGAUAAACCCUGUGAUGUGCCGAAUGCUACCGACAAGCGCGCAGCUUUCUUCCAGUCUCUUGGACCGGAGCAGGAGGAGCCGAUGGAUCUCAGUAAGAAGGCUUUUGGCGCUGAGGAUGUGGGAGAUGGUGUCUCCUGUCAGUCCGCGGAGAAUGCUGAUGAACCGGCGGGGAUUUCAGAUAGUGAAAGUAAUGAUAGGGUUAUUGAAACUGAGAGUGCUUCGCUUUUAGAUCUCAGUUGGAAGACAUGACAUCGGUGUGUGGUUUCGGGGGAAUAGACUCUUCAAGGCUGAUUAUGCUUGUUCAUUUGGUGAGUGAACAGGGACAUGGUGAACUUCACUGGACGGUUAGUGAAGAUUGUGAACGGAUCGUGAAGUCUCGAUAGUUGGAAAAUGUUUCCAAAGUGCUUAGGAAGUCUUGCGAAAAUUCAGGCCAGUUUUACAAGCGCUUAGGAAGGGUUCGGAAAUUUCGUUUUCCAUGGAGUUUAUGGAUGGUGCAUGUACGCUGUAAUUGUGAUGCGUAGAAAGAAUACCAGAAAGCAACAGGUUGAUAAUUUAUUGAAAAAUUUGUUUUUUUGGUCAAGUUUGUGGUCUUGGCCAAAAAUGGAGAAUGAUCUUUUCUAGAGAUGUGAACACGGAAGAAGAACAGUGAAAUUUUCGGAAUCGUUGAUGAAGAUUUUAAACGGAUAGUGAAGUCUCAAUGAUUGGAAAUGUUUACAAAGUGCUUAGGAUGUCUUUCAAAAAGUCAAGCCAGUUUUUCAAACGCUUAGAAAGGGUUCGGAAAUUUGGUUUUCCGUGGAUCGGGCAUGUACGCUGUAAUUGCAAUACGUGGAAACAAUCACAGGAAGCAACAGGUUGAUGAUUUAUUGAAAAAUUGGUGUUCUUGGCCAAGUCUUCAGUCUCGACCAAAAAUGGAAAAAGUUCUCUUUCUAAAGAUGGCAUCAUCAAGCGAAAUUGCUAUGUACACAUAUCACUUACUUUUAUCCUCUAAAAAACUCUGUAUAUUAUUUAAUCCCAAUUCCAAUGCUUGCGCCCAAUUUAUCACUCAGAAUUGAAUCAUUCCCUGAACAGAUGAAGCUGCAAGCGCGAGGUCAGUAAAACGAGGGUGAUCCUCGGUAAAGAUAUGCAUGUAAAUAUUUGUAGUAUUUCCAUAGAAAUAAAUGACCAUAACUCAAA